AAACUAUCAUAUCUGCAUACCAUUCACUCGCAUACAUUUCUCACAAGUUUACUACCAUCUGCAUUAUCUACACUUUGCAUUUAUAACUCACUCCAACAAUGUUCUCUACUAUUGACCGUCCUGUCCGCAAAGCCCGUGGUGCCCGCAGCCGCCAGAGUUCUACCACCACUUCUCUAGAGUUAUCAAGACGAAGUGCAAUGGUCUCCACCUCUAUUUCAACUACUUGUCAGAGAAUACUGACAACAAGAAGGAGCCGUAUAACCCUGGACUCAAUUCGCGGCAGCGCUACUGCAACAAAUUCCUCAACAUGUUCGAGAGAGGCUGAGCUGCAUUCACCCAAGGACACGCCGAAGAAGGAAAAGGAGGAUGACAACGAUGGCAAGAGGGCCAAGACCCCUGGCGAUGCCCCGACCCGUGCUCUUCUACGCUACCUGCUUAGCAAGAAGCAGUCACCUCAUACCGAACUUCCGCGUACGCGUGGAGCCAACGAGCUUGACCGCUGGAUUUGGUCCAUGGAUACCUUGCACUCGGCAAGUUUCUACGACUUCAUGGUCAAGUGUGCCGAGCAGGCCGUUGUCUACACCAUUGUUCCACUGGUGAAACACGAACGCUCCCCUGCUGAGAACGGUCUGCUGGAGCUUGUCUCCGAAGAGGUUUACCAGUCGGUUACCCCGGAAACACUGACUGCAAAGAAGAUCAAGAGCAGCAAAGGAAGCGCGUCCUCAGCCGCUUCGAAGCGGUCAACGCGAGAGAAUUUGUCGCGUGCUGGACUCCGUUACAAGCAUAUGGCUACUGUUGGUGGUGUACUGUCUAGCUCGAAUACCUUGAUCGACAUCAAGUACCACCUUUAUCGUCUGCGGACAUGUGAUGCAGGCAGCGUGUUUGACGAGCUUGUCGUUGUUCGCCACUUCACGGCCUCGUUCCAGGAGGAUAUCAUCGAGCGUGCGGCCCGCAUGUCAGACCUCAUCCUCAACUAUACGUCCGAUGCCUGCACCCCUGGUGUGCUGAACGAUACCGCCAUCUGGCUCAGCGUACUCAAGCGUGAAGACGACCGGUUUGUCUUAGCUCUCUUUGUCUGCAAGGAGUGCCCUGAGAACUGGAAGGUGUUCCGCAACAGCGAUGCCGACUACGCCUGCGUCCAAUAUACUGGGCUUGAUUUCUGGCCGUGGCCUGCAACCCAGGUGAUUCUCGAACAUGGAGAGACUGCUGAGCAGCGCGAGGGAAUCACAAGGAGGAUGCCGCAGGAUGGCUCGGUUGUUCCGCGCAUCCAGUCGGGUAUUCUUCACAACAUGACCAAGUCUGCCGCCGACCACAGGCAUAUCUUGACAUCCCCUUCCUUUGAGCAGCUUGAUGGGUCUGUUCCAAGCAUUGCUACCGUUGCAACGAGCCAGAACAUCCAGACCACGGCUCCUGUCAGCGAUAUGUCGUCCAUCCUGGCUACUAGUAUCUAUCCCGCCGCGUCUAUCGCACUCCCAAGCGACCCUGCGUAUGCAGUGGGGGCAGUAGCAGUGGAUUCCAGCUACGUGCCAACAGCAAGUUCUGACCACAUUGCAGCUAGCAUGAUGGCUGAGGAUACGCUCCCUGCAGUCUCCAGCAUGUAUGCAGAUCGCUGUGCCUUUGCUGAUCACAUUCCUCUUUCUCCUCCGCUCGACUUUGCGAACCAGCACCAGUUGCCCAGCAUGCUUUCGCCUCUGCAAAAUGCCAUCAGCACGCCGAUGUUUGAUGGGCUGGCGGAUAUCCCUGCUCAUGACCAUGCGAGCCAGUAUACUGGCGACAUGCUCAGCAUGUUUCACUACCUGGAGCCCAACCAUCAGUUCAAGCCAGAAUUACAGGACCUGCAGUUCUCGCAGCAGCAGAUCUCCCCGCCUCGUGAUUAGUAAGCCCCACAUAUAGCUC